AUGACGAACCCAAUGCUAUUUGCACUGGACCUAGCCUCUCAGCACCAGCUAAUAUUCCAUCUCUUUUCAGAGUCUUCAUCCAGAGUGCAACUGGUGGGAGGCCCGCACCGCUGUGAAGGGCGAGUGGAGAUAGACUGGAAUGGCCAGUGGGGUACCGUGUGUGAUGACGGCUGGGACAUAAAUGAUGUUGCUGUGCUGUGCAGGGAGCUGGGCUGUGGAGCAGCCAAAGGAACACCCAGUGGUAUUUUGUACAAGCCAUCAAAAGAAAAAGAGCAGAAAGUCCUCAUCCAACAGGUUAAUUGUAAUGGGAUGGAAGAUACACUAGAUGAGUGUGAGCCAAGUGAUGUUUUUGAUUGCCAGUAUGACGAGUCUGCAGGGGCAUCGUGUGAGAACCCAGAGAGUGUGCGGCUGGCUGAUGGUCCUGGGCGCUGCCAGGGCCGAGUGGAGCUAAAGCACGAAGGCCAGUGGAGCACAGUGUGCAAAACAGGCUGGAACCUCCAAGCCACAAAGGUGUUGUGCCGGCAGCUGGGAUGUGGGAAGGCUGUACAAACCCACAAACGUUGCAACAAGGAUACCCGGGGCCAUGGACCCAUCUGGCUGAGCCAGAUGUCAUGCUCAGGAAAAGAAGCAACUCUUCAGGAUUGCCCUUCUGGGCCUUGGGAGAAGAACAACUGCACCCACGAUGAGGACACGUGGGUUGAAUGUGAAGAUGCCUUUGCCUUGAAGCUGGUAGGAGGAGACAACUUGUGCUCUGGGCGCCUGGAGGUGCUGCACAAGGGUGUGUGGGGCUCUGUCUGUGAUGAUGGCUGGGGAAAAAAGGAGGACCAGGUGGUAUGCAAGCAGCUGGGCUGUGGGAAGUCCCUCUCUGCAUCCCCCAAAGUCCGGAAAAGCUACGGCCCUGGGGUUGGCCGCAUCUGGCUGGAUGAUGUUCGUUGCUCAGGGGAGGAGCAGUCCCUGGAACAGUGCCAGCACAGGUUUUGGGGGUAUCACGACUGCACCCACAAGGAAGAUGUGGCUGUGAUCUGCACAGAAUAG